AUGGCCACCAUCGAGCCACGCCUGAUACACUUGCUGAACGGCGAUAAUAAGGGCGGUUACCUGCCUCCGAAUGCGCUGCCGCCCCUGCAUUCCCUCCCGUACUCGAAGUCCGUUUCCCUUCCGUCUUUGGGCCUCGAGCUAGACAAGCGCGCCGAACAGCUACCCUCGAAGCUCCCCUCGACCUCCGUCGCCUCCCACCAGAUCCCCUCUUUCGCAUCUUUCGUCGGCGACGACACACCUCGCAGACCUACGACGGUCCCGUUGGCCCCAGGUCCAACUCACGAAUACGAUGGCUCGGCCCGUAUCAAGAGUGCUAGUAACUCCAUCCGCGCCCUUCUAGGGGACUCCAGUCAUGUCGAACCGUCCCACUCGCUGCGUCUGAUCCUCGCCGACGAGGCUGCUGCCCCCUCCGAACUCCCUCUCGAAGAUGCGUCCACGAAAAAGCGACACCGGGCCAUGACGGUCAAGGAGGACUUUGUUCAGCUGCCACAGCCCCUCAAAAAGCAAAAGUCGGCCCAGCAGGUCAUGCCGCCCAUCAUCAACGGCCUCCACGAACCUCCUCCCAACGCCUCCUUCUUCCCGCCCAUCUCCUCUGUAGACUUUGGCGCCCAAGAUUCCUUGAGCCUCAACCCACUCAAAGAAUUCACCGGCGCACCCGAUGAGCGAGCUGCUCCUGCGACCCCGACCGAUGACAAGCCAACCGCGAGCGUGAAGACGAGGCGGAGGACGAAGCCAAGGCGAAAGUGGACCGAGCUCGAGACGAACCAUCUCCUGCUCGGCGUCAGCAGGCACGGAGUCGGCAAAUGGACCAGCAUCCUGGAGGACCCGGAUUUUCAUUUUGUUGACCGCACCGCCGGAGACCUCAAGGACCGCUUCCGGACUUGUUGCCCCGACGAACUCAGGGGCAGCAAUGGCAGUAUCGGUGUCAAGGCCACUGCAUACAAGGGAAACAACUCCGACAAGUCUACUGCCGUUGGUUCGUCAUCGGAUCCAUCGGCCGCUGGCGCUUGCGACGCGAACCCCAACGCCAAGAGGACGUUAAACCUGGAAAACUUGCUUGUCGGUGAUGAGGAGCCCGACUGCAACGCCGCGUCGCCCAACUGGUUCAUGCCCGAGGCCGACGCGGCGCCCAAGCCUCGCAAAAGCCGCGCCCACCGGAAGAAGCUUGAGGACCUGGUCGAGUUGGGCAUCCGCGGACCCUUCAAAAAGUCGCACCGUCGCGAGCGCAGACCCUUUACGGAGCAGGACGACCAAGAGAUUCUGCAGGGCAUCCGCCAGUACGGCCCCGCAUGGACGAGGAUCCAGAGGGACGAGAAUUUCAACCUGUCGAGCCGUCAACCGACCGACCUCCGGGACCGCGUCCGGAACAAAUAUCCCGACAUCUAUGCCAAGAUCGAAAAGGCCGGCAUCCAGAUCAAGGAGCCCAGCCGUGCCGUCGGUGUUCUGGAACCCACGGUGAAUAUGACAAUCGAGAACUCGCUGGACCCCCAGUUGAACCGUACCUCUUCCAAGGACAGCAUCCAAAGGUGGACCCUCGACCCUGUGGCCGAGACAUCCGCCUCGUCCCAUCAGCAUGUCUUUGACGUCAACGACCACCCCGCCUCUGCAUAUCAAGGCAAUGUUGGGGAGAUGGACAUCUCACGUCUUCUUCUGUCCGAUGCCCAACAGCGGGUUAGAAUACCGGGCGAGCCGCAAUGGCGUGGAUCCUAA